CCAGGCCUGGGCUCAGAGAGCUGCGAACUUCUGAGGCAGCGGCUGGGCGGGUGCAAGGGGCAUGUGGGGGUACUUGUGCUUCCUGUGCCGCCCUCUGGGGCCUGCCUGGGGCUGGGGCUGAGCAGACAGACCAGGAGCUCUCGAGGUGUCUGGAGGCCCAGUGAGUCCCAGACCCAGGAGGCCCAAGGAGCUGGAGGUGACUCUGAGGCAGCAAGACCCCAGAGGAAGGGUGCGAGUCCCACAGACAACUCUUCAGCACCCCAGGCUGGGCUCCUGUUAGGAGGGGGUGCCUGUGCCCAGGCAGCGGCUCAGAGGCAGCUGCUCCAUGCAGAAUUAAAGUUGGUCCUGCAGCAGAAGGGAGAGAGAAAGCAGGAGCCUGGUGCCCAGGUGACUUCCAGCAGCGCCAUGGAGGUCAGAAGCCGGAGUGCUGAGGAGCUGAGGAGGGCGGAGUUGGUGGAGAUCAUCGUGGAGACGGAGGCGCAGACUGGGGUCAGCGGUAUCAACGUAGCGGGCGGCGGGAAGGAAGGAAUCUACAUCCGUGAGCUGCGGGAGGACUCGCCCGCUGCUAGAAGCCUCAGCCUGCAAGAAGGGGACCAGCUGCUCAGCGCCCGCGUGUUCUUUGAGAACUUCAAGUACGAGGACGCAUUACGUCUGCUGCAAUGCGCCGAGCCUUACAAGGUCUCCUUCUGUCUGAAGCGCACUGUGCCCACCGGGGACCUGGCGCUGAGGCCUGGGACCGUGUCUGGCUACGAGAUCAAGGGCCCACGGGCCAAGGUGGCCAAGCUGAACAUCCAGAGUCUGUCCCCUGUGAAGAAGAAGAAGAUGGUGGUGCCUGGGGCCCUGGGGGCCCCUGCAGAUCUGGCCCCUGUUGACGUCGAAUUCUCCUUCCCCAAGUUCUCCCGUCUGCGUCGGGGCCCCAAAACCGAGGCUGUCAAGGGUCCUGUCCCAGCUGCUCCCACCCGCCGGCGCCUCCAGCUACCUCGGUUGCGAGUCCGAGAAGUGGCCGAAGGGGCCCAGGCAGCCCUGCUGGCAGCCGCUGCUGCUCCCCCGCGGAAGGCCAAAGCAGAAGCUGAGGUGGCAGCAGGGGCCCGUUUCACAGCGCCCCAGGUGGAGCUGGUUGGGCCGAGCCUGCCAAGCAUGGAGGUGGGUGUCCCCCAGGUCCCAGCCCCCAAAGGACGGGGAGAGGAGGCCCCAGCAGCAGAAGCAGCCACUGGCUUUGCCCUGCACCUGCCAACCUUUGGGCUAGGAGCCCCUGCUGCCCCUGCUGUGGAGCCUGCAGCUGUAGGGAUUCAGGUUCCCCAAGUGGAGCUGCCCACCUUGCCCUCACUGCCCACUCUGCCCACACUACCUUAUCUGGAAACCCGAGAAGGGGCCGCAGCGGCACUGACGGUCCCCACCCUGGAUGUGGCAGCACCUACCGUGGGGGUGGACCUGGCCUUACCGGGCGCAGAGGUGGAGGCCCGAGAAGAGGUGCCUGAGGUGGCCCUGAAGAUGCCCCGCCUCAGUUUCCCCCGCUUCGGGGCUCGAGCAAAGGAAGUAGCUGAGGUCAAGGCAGCUAAGGGCAGCCCUGAGGCCAGGGUGAAGGGACCUAGGCUCCGAAUGCCCACCUUCGGGCUUUCUCUCCUGGAACCCCGGCCCACUGCCCCUGAAGCCGCUGUUGAGAGCAAGCUGAAGCUGCCUACCAUCAAGAUGCCCUCCUUUGGCAUCGGGGUCUCGGCACCUGAGGUCAAGGCGCCCAAGGUCCCUGAAGUCAAGCUCCCGAAAGUGCCCGAAGCAGCCCUUCCAGAAAUGCAGCUCCGAGAGAUGGUGUUUCCAAAAGUGUCGGAGAUGAAACUCCCAAAGGUGCCAGAGGUGGCGGUGCCGGAGGUGCGGCUUCCGGAGGUCCAGCUGCCGAAAGUCUCUGAGAUGAAGCUCCCGGAGAUGAAGCUCCCGGAGAUGAAAGUUCCCACAAUGAAAGUCUCUGAGAUGAAGCUCCCCGAGAUGAAGCUCCCCGAGAUGAAAGUUCCCACAAUGAAAGUCUCUGAGAUGAAGCUCCCCGAGAUGAAGCUCCCCGAGAUGAAAGUUCCCACAGUGAAAGUCCCUGAGGCAAAAGCCCCAAAGGUGCCAGAGAUGAAACUCCCUGAAAUGAAGCUCACAAAGGUGCCCGAGAUGGCUGUGCCUGAGGUGAGGCUCCCAGAGGUGCAGCUGCCGAAAGUCUCUGAGAUGAAGCUCCCCAAGGUGCCAGGGAUGGCUGUGCCCGAUGUACCCCUCCCAGAGGUGCAGCUGCCCAAAGUGUCAGACAUGAAGCUCCCCAAGGUGCCCGAGUUGGUCGUGCCUGAUGUGCCCCUCCUGGAGGUGCAGCUGCCCAAAGUGUCAGACAUGAAGCUCCCCAAGGUGCCUGAGGUGGCCGUGCCCGAUGUGCCCCUCCCGGAGGUACAGCUGCCCAAAGUGUCAGAGAUGAAGCUCCCCAAGGUGCCUGAGUUGGUCGUGCCUGAUGUACCCCUCCUGGAGGUGCAGCUGCCGAAAGUGUCAGAGAUGAAGCUUCCGAAAGUGCCUGAGAUGGCUGUGCCUGAUGUGCGACUCCCGGAGGUGCAGCUGCCAAAAGUGUCAGAGAUGAAGCUCCCCAAAGUGCCCGAGAUGGCUGUGCCCGAUGUGCCCCUCCUGGAGGUGCAGCUGCCAAAAGUGUCAGAGAUGCGGCUGCCAGAAAUGCAGGUGCCAAAGGUCCCAGAGGUACAGCUUCUGAAGGUACCUGAAGGGAAGCUGCCCAAGGCUCCAGAGGUACAGCUCAAAGUUGGCAGGGCAGAGAAGGCAGAGGGGAUGGAAUUUGGCUUCAAGAUGCCCAAGAUGACCCUGCCCAAGCUGGGGAGGGCAGUGUCCCCACCAAGAGGCAAGCCAGGUGAGGAAAAAGCUGAAGUCUCAGGGAAGCUGGUGACACUCCCCUGUCUGCAGCCAGAGGUGGACCUCGGGGCUCAGGUGGGUGUCCCCUCGCUCACACUGCCCUCAGUGGAGCUGGACCUGCCAAGGGCACUCAGCCUGGAGGGGCAGGUCCCAGAGGCCAAAGUGGGCAAGGUAGACUGGGCAGAAGGCAAGGUGGCAGCAGGGGUCGGGGAAGGGGCCUUCCGGAUGCCCUCUGUUGAGCUUGUCACUCCACAGCUGCCCACAGUGGAAGGCGAGGAAGGGCGGGUAGAGGCGAUGGAGAUGAAAGUGAAACCUACCUCCAAGUUCUCCCUGCCCAAGUUUGGACUCUCGGGGCCAAAGGUGGCCAAGGCAGAGGCUGAGGGGGCCGGGCGAGCCACCAAGCUGAAGGUGUCUAAGUUCGCCAUCUCACUCCCCAAGGCUCGGGUGGGAACUGAGGCUGAAACUAAAGGGGUGGGGGAGGCGGGCCUGCUGCCCGCCCUCGAUCUGUCCAUCCCUCAGCUCAGCCUGGAUGCCCAUCUGCCCACAGGCAAGGUGGAGGUGGCAGGGGCCGAUUUCAAGCUCAAGGGGCCCAGGCUCGCCCUGCCCAAGUUUGGGGUCAGAGUCCGGGACACUGAGGCUGGAGAACUGGUGCCAGGGGUGGCUGAGGUGGAGGGCAAGGGCUGGGGUUGGGAUGGGAGGGUGAAGAUGCCCAAACUGAAGAUGCCCUCCUUUGGGCUGGCUCGAGGGAAGGAGGUAGAAAUCCAGGGUGCGCGUGUCAGCCCUGGGGAAAAGGCAGAGUUUAUGGCCGGCCAGCUUAAGAUCCCCGAGGUGGAGCUGGUCACACUGGGGGCCCAGGAGGAAGUAGGGGCGGAAGGAGGGGUGGCCGUCAGUGGGGCACGGUUGCCGGGCCUGCAAGUGUCCACCACUAGGCAGACAGGCACGGAGGGCCAGGAGGGGGUGCUGAGGAUGCCCCUGGGCAUCUCCCUGCCCCAAGUGGAGCUGACCGGCUUCAGUGAGACGGGCCUAGGCGCCACCUCAGGGCAGCAGGUCGAGAGCACAGUCCCUUCGGCAGAGGGCACAGCAGGCUACAGGGUCCAGGUGCCUCAGGUGACCUUGUCUCUGCCCGGAGCCCAGGUGGCAGGUGGUGAGCUGGUGGUGGGAGAGGGCAUCUUCAAGAUGCCUGCUGUGACAGUGCCCCAGCUUGAGCUGGAUGUGGGGCUCAACCGAGAGGCACAGGUGGGCGAGGCAGUCACAGGCGAAGGUGGGCUAAAGCUGAAGAUGCCCACACUGGGGGCCAGAGCUGGGGCUGGAGUUGAGGGGCCUGGGGACCAGCCCACAGAGGCCCAACGAACCUUCCACCUCUCACUGCCCGACGUGGAGAUCGCGCCCCCGGCCAUGGGCGGCCACGCUGAGUACCAGGUGGUAGAGGGUGAGGGAGACGCGGGACACAAGCUCAAGGUGCGGCUGCCGCGGCUCGGCCUGGUGCGGGCCAAGGAGGGGGUCGAGGAGGGCGACAAGGCCAAGAGCCCGAAGCUCAGACUGCCCCGCGUGGGCUUCAGCCAGAGCGAGGCUGCCACUGGCGAAGGCUCCCCCAGCCCCGAGGAGGAGGAGGAAGAGGAGGGCAGUGGGGAAGGGGCCUCUGGCCGCCGAGGCCGCCUCCGAGUUCGCUUGCCCCGUGUGGGCCUCUCCACUUCCUCCAAGGCCUCUCGGGGGCAGGAGGGUGAGGCAGCCUCCAAGUCCCCCGGUGGGGAGAAGUCCCCCAAGUUCCGCUUCCCCAGGGUGUCCCUGAGCCCCAAGGCUCGGAGCGGGAGCAGGGACCGAGAAGAGGGUGGAUUCCGGGUCCGACUGCCCAGCGUGGGGUUCACGGAGACAGGGGCUCCAGGCCCCGCCAGGAUGGAGGGGGCUCAGACUGCAGUCGUCUGAAGCCCCCGGGCAGAGGGAGACUCCACUCCUGUGUUCCCGUCCCCACCCCUUGUUUUGUGUGUGAAGUAACCAGCACUAACCCUCAGAGGGCCGGGAAGGAGGUGACUGAUGUGGAAGGGCCUGGAGGCCUCAGACCGGCUCAUUGGCGAGAGUGCCUGUGUGUUGCCAAGCCAUGUGAAUAAAUAAUCCAGGGGUA